UCACCGUUGAAUGCCUUGCGAAAUCGUUGUAUUUAUGGAUUCGUUUGAUUUCGAUAACGUGAAAGCAGAGAAAGUUAAGGCGAUAAGGAGGUACAACCGGCUUCGAAGCUUAGCGAAGGUGUUUCGUUUUUUGGAAUUGCUUUUGGCUUUGCUGUUUUUAGCGCGGACGUUCGAGCGCGUGCCUUUCGCCGUCAAAAUCUCCUGCGACUACGUUUUGAAACUCGGCGGCGUCAUCGCGAGUCCGCUCUUCGUUUUCGUCGUCUGUAACGUCAUCAUCGUCACUCUCAGUGCUAAGUACGGCAUCUUCUCCGCCUUUAACAAUGCCGAUUCCGAACUCUACGAGGAAAUUAUCGAAAACCCUGACAGUCGCUCCAAAUCGGAGUCCCAACAAGAGAUUGCGUUUCAAAACAAGGAGAUUAUCUCUAAAGUGAACACAUGUACUUGCACGUGGGAAGAAAUGGAGCUGCAGUCGGAGUCGGACUCCGAUGCUGACGUGGAUAACCCGAGAGUAUAUAGAAGUAAGUCGGAGAAGUUGGCGAUAAAAAAGAGUGAGGAGAAAGUGAAAAAGGAACUACGACGAUCGGAGACCCAGAAAUGCCGAAAAUUUGAAAACAUCGACGAGGAAUUGUUUCCGGAAGACGAGAUGAGCAAUGAAGAGUUUCAACAAACGAUCGAAAAUUUCAUUGCAAAACAGUUGAGGUUUCGCCGAGAAGAGUCUCUGUCUAUUCUUCUUCCAAGCCAAGCUUGAAAAAAAA